CAGAUGGACUUUUUACAUUUGUUUAUUUAUUUUUGCUUCAAAUACCAUCAAACAAAAUUUAAUCGUGCAAUGCAAACAACAUAGAAAAUAGGAGCGAAUCGAAGACAGUGGCUAUGGCGGACACGACAUAAAACUAUGAGAUUUUAGGUUACAUUUAAUAUUACACUGGGACAUAAAUCGACAUAGCUGAACCCAACACGAACAUCCUGCAAAUACCAACAAGUUGGAGAGGAACAAUAGCCAUAGCCAGUUCUUCACACUCUCAAACUGGGUAGCCAAUUAUCUGGAUUGUCAAGCAAUGGUUCGGGUUUAUCCGAACUACAUUCUACUCCCUCUCCUCCGAGCAAUGAAUCGGUGACUUGGGUUACAGAACCAUUACCAAAGACUCAGCCAGAUAUUAGUCCUGUGAAGAUGAGUAACCCUGGUGCUGUCGGAGAUGCUCCAGCUUCAGACAUAACAGAUGCGAUUGGCCAACACAGUUCAUUAUUUGACGUUGAUGAAUUAGAAUCCUCGUCGGAAAAUUCUAUGUUCGCUCAGCCUAGUACAACAUUUUCAUUUAGCGAUCAUUCAAGUACAGAGGAAAUUAUCGAAACCACUAACGUCCUAAGGAAAGAAUCGAGUGGCAAGUUAACUGAGGCAACUGAGACACUGAGCCCAAGUGAAGAACUUGAUACUGAAAACUCGGAAGAAAGCUUCACUCCAACUGAGCCGUUUGUUUCUGAAAUUAAAGAGCAGCAGGAGCCAGAAGGUAUUUACUGCAUGUUCCCUCCACCGCCGCCUUCCAUCAACUUCAUCACCGAAUCACCUCUUAAAAUGUUCAAGCAAUUCACAUCAACAGAAAAUUCAGACGAAUUGAAACCAAUCCUUUCCGAGCCAUCAUACACUUUGAUUGUUUGUCCAAAAUUACCUGUUGACAACUCGAGUGACAAAAGCUUGGCUCAGACAGUUUCAACACAAACAAUCAAAUUCAAUGGGCCUGAUAAUUCUGAAAGUGAAUAUAUCAACUCGGAUUGUAGCAAUCAGUCGACGACUGCUAGUUCUCUUAUAUCAGAAAAGGUAUCAUCAAAUUGUGCGACAACAAAGCAAUCAUCUUGCUUUGAAACGAAACCAUCCACUCCGUCAGUGAACACAAAGUCAUCGAAGACUUUUGAAUUUGAACAAGGAUUAACAAGUUCUGAGAAUAGUGAGAAUGAAGCUAUUCUUGAAGGUUUAACAAAUCAAAAUAAAACAAAAGAACAGCCCCAAUCAACUUGUCUUCCUGAGAAUACUAAUGACAACAACACAUAUGAAAAAGCCAUUCAUAAUUCUUUGAAUGAGGCAUUGAACACCGUUUUUAGUGAUGGAGCGAUAAAAGUUGGCAACCUGGCUAACCGAAUCAUUGAAAAUCUGAAAGAGGCCUCUGGGAGCAAAGACCAACUUGCUGAGAUGCUGCAGAAGAACGAGGAAUUGAAAGUGUUUGUUGGAAAAUUAAUUCAGCUUCUUGAAGAGAAGACCAAUCUUUGCUCCAAUCUCGAAAAACAAAAUCUUGCUUUAAGUCAUCAGGCUUCUUCUCUGAAGGAUGUAAUCAAUAUUACAAAGGAUCUUCUGAGCAUAAGAAAUAUGGAGGUUGAACACCUUCACACUGAUCUCAACUCAAUGGAGAUGAUGAUCAAAGACGAGCGUACCAGGCAUAAUCUUUCUGUGCAGCGUCUACAAGAAGCUAUGAAGUGUCCUUUCAGGUUAAAUGAACAGCUCAAAAAGGAGUACUUGCUUCAAAUGGACCUAUUCACAAAGCUGAAAGGGAAGUACACAGAGAAAAUACUCGAUCUCUCUGACAACAAUCGCCAGUUCAAUGAUUUCAUCAAAAGCCAGAAUUUACAAUUCGUUCCGAAAGAACGAACAAAAAUGGUCGAAGCGAUUGUGAACGAGUCUGAUAAAAAAUAAACACUGAUGUAUGAUGUACAA